UAAUCGUGCGGUGUUGUCAGAUUUGGUGUUAGUCAAUAACAAAUUUUUAAAUGCCCGAAUGCCCCAGCCUUGAAGAAGGUCAUGUAUUUACAGACUAUUUAGUAUCGACAUAUAUUCCACCUGAUGCAUUAUUUCCACCAUAUCUUUGGGCACAAGAACCUUCAGUAAAUCCAAGAACUAACAAUGGCCCAGAGAGCUUUCAUAGGACGUACAAUGGUCAGUUUUAUAGCCCCCAUCCUCCAACACACGUCGUGAUAUCAGUUUUAAAAGAAACACAAGCUCAAAAUUUGACAAUUAUAAAUUCAAUUAAAAACAACAUAAGUAAUCCAUUAGAGCACUUUUCUGGAACGUGCCAUUUAAGAGUUUUGGACGGUCCUUCAAUGUUAAUAUUCAGUAUUCAAAAUUGCCAUGGGACCAGUGGAGGCACUAGUCCGUCACCAUAUAGGAACGGUCCUGGACCAUUUUGA